AUGAGUUGUGACAGUCAACAGAAGAUCCGUGUGCAGAACGCCGCAGGUCAGGAGGUCGUCUUCAAGUGCCUCGGGGAGGGAAUACUUGAAAACGCCUUUCAAGGAUACAACGCCUGCAUUUUUGCCUACGGACAAACAGGGAACAUUGAUAGCGUCCUAGAGAAACCUCUGAUCUGUGAUGGUGUUUCCUCACACGUCUUCUCUCUCCUCCGUCUGUACAGGAGCAGACAGUCUCUGAAGGUCAGAGAGCAUAAAGUCCUGGGUCCGUAUGUGGACGGUCUGUCUCAGCUGGCUGUGAUGAACUUCGAGGACAUUGAGUCUCUGAUGUCGGAGGGGAAUAAAUCACGCACAGUAGCCGCCACUAACAUGAACGAGGAGAGCAGCCGAUCGCACGCCGUCUUCAGCGUCAUCGUCACGCAGACGCUGUAUGACCUGCAGUCUGGGAAUUCUGGUGAGAAAGUGAGUAAGAUCAGUCUGGUUGAUCUGGCCGGCAGUGAACGCGUAUCUAAGACUGGAGCUGCUGGAGAGAGACUGAAGGAGGGCAGCAACAUCAACAAGUCUCUGACAACGCUGGGCUGUGUUAUUUCUGCACUCGCUGAUCAGUCUGCAGGAAAAGGCAAGAGCAAGUUUGUGCCGUACAGAGACUCAGUGCUGACGUGGCUGCUGAAGGAUAAUCUGGGUGGCAACAGUAAGACGGCCAUGAUCGCCACCAUCAGCCCAGCCGCUGACAACUACGAGGAGACACUUUCGACGCUACGCUACGCCGACCGAGCCAAGAGAAUCGUCAACCACGCCGUGGUGAAUGAGGAUCCCAAUGCCCGAAUCAUCAGAGAGCUGCGGGAGGAAGUGGAGAAGCUGAAGGUGCAGCUCUCGCAGGCUGAGUCUCUGAAGGCUCCUGAGCUGCAGGAGAAACUCCAGGAGUCUGAGAAACUCAUUCAGGAGAUGACGGUAACCUGGGAGGAGAAACUCCGGAAAACUGAGGAGAUCGCACAGGACCGUCAGAAGCAGCUGGAGAGCAUGGGAAUCUCUCUGGAGUCGUCAGGGAUCAAGGUCGGAGAGGACAAGUGCUUCCUGGUCAACCUGAACGCUGAUCCGGCUCUCAAUGAGCUGCUGGUUUACUAUCUGAAGGAUCACACGCGUGUGGGGGCCGACACGUCUCAGGACAUCCAGCUGUUCGGCAUCGGGAUCCAGUCUGAACACUGUGUGCUGGAAGUCACGUCUGACGGAGACGUCGCGCUCACGCCGGCAGACAACGCCAGGACCUGUGUGAACGGGACGAUGGUUUACUCCAGGGUCCACCUGUGGCACGGCGACCGCAUCCUGUGGGGAAACAACCACUUCUUCAGAAUCAGUCUCCCGACGCGCAAGCGGCGCGAGCGAAUGAAGGAGCCGGAGCACGACAGCUUCGUGGAGGCCGACGUGGAGACGGCGAGCCAGGCCUCGUCUGAGCAGGACUACAGCUACGAGUUCGCACAGAUGGAGGUCAUGAUGAAAGCGCUGGGCAACAACGACCCCAUGCAGAAGGCGGUGCAUGCUCUGGAGAAGCAGUAUGUGGAGGAGAAGCGUGUGGCGCUGGAGGAGCAGCGGCUGAUGUACGAGCGCGAGCUCCAGUCUCUGCGGCAGCAGCUCUCGCCGGAGAAAGCGUCUCAGCACCAGCGCUGCAGCAGCUUCCCCACACACAACACACACAACAAACUGCGCCUGUGGACCGACGAGAGGGACGAGCUGUUCCGUCAGAGUCUGUCUCGGCUGCGUGAGCAGGUGGUCCGAGCGAACACUCUCGUGCGAGAGGCCAACUUUCUGUCCGAGGAGAUGCACAAACUCACCGACUAUCAGGUCACGCUGCAGAUCCCAGCCGCCAACCUCAGCGCCAACCGCAAGCGUGGCGCAAUAGUCAGUGAACCGGCGAUCCAGGUGCGACGUAAAGGGAAGGGAACGCAGGUGUGGACCAUCGAGAAACUAGAGAACAAACUAGUGGACAUGAGAGACCAUUACAGAGACUGGAGAGAAGCAGCACAGGAGGUGGUGAACCGGCUGCACAGUAAGGCGGGCGAUCCGUUCUAUGAAGCGCAGGAGAAUCACAAUCUCAUCGGCGUGGCAAACGUCUUCCUGGAGAGUCUGUUUCAUGACGUGAAGCUGCAGUACGCCGUUCCCAUCAUCAGCCAGCACGGGGAGGUGGCAGGUCGUCUGCAGGUGGAGCUGCUGCGGGUGAGCGGCGUCGUUCCCGAGCGUUUAGCCGGAGGAGACGAUUCCUCCGAGAACUCCAGCCAGAGCAGCGGAUACGAGGUCAUGGACAACAACGGAGAGAUCGUCCACAUGGCCAGAAAACUUACCUGCAGGGUGCGGAUCAGAGAGGCGUCUGGUCUUCCUCUCAACCUCUCCAACUUCGUCUUCUGUCAGUACACCUUCUGGGAACAAUCAGAGCCCGCUGUGGCUCCGCCCAUCGUCAGCCCGGACACGCCCCCCUCACAGACAGCCGACGCCCACUUCACUGUGCGCUUUGACCACUGCAGGGAUUUCGUGGUGCAGGUGACGGAGGAGUUUCUGGAGUUCAUCUCAGACGGCGCUCUGGCCAUCGAGGUCUGGGGUCACCGGUAUGCGGGUAACGGCCGGUCCGUGUGGGAGCUGGACGCACUGCAGGCCAAGAGACGCACGCUCAGAGACAGGUGGAGUGAAGUGUCACGUCAGAUCGAGCUGUGGGUCUCCAUACAGGAGCUGAACGAGCAGGGCGAGGAUUCGUCCAUAGAGCUUCAUCCCAGCAGAGACGUCAGCACUGGAGGAGUGUUUCAGCUGCGCCAGGGUCACUCGCGGAGGCUGCAGGUGAGCGUCCGGCCGGUCCAGCACUCGGGGACGCUGCCGCUGCUGGUGGAGGCCGUCCUGUCCGUCUCCAUCGGCUGCGUUUCCGCUCGAUCCACCAAACUACAGAGACCUCUGGACAGCUAUCAGGUCAGUGAGACUGACAAACACACAAGGCAGAGCUCAAUAACUACAGAUCCACUUAGGUCUCUACAUUUGGAACCCAGCUCUCUACCGGUUCUCACGGAUUCAUCGAGUGAGGGCCUGGUGCCGGACAUUCCGCCAUGUCUGGUUGCCGAGGGGAUGGAGGACAUGAAAGGAAAACCUAUUAUCGGAACAGUUUUGGAGGAAAAGUGUUCACAUCAGUGUUGUUGUUGCUCAAGGGUUCCCCCUGCUGGCAUGGAGGCUCAUAUUCCUGUGCUGUUCCUGGAUCUGAAUGCUGAUAACCUGACGGUGAACGAUCAGCUGACCGGUCCUCACGCCGCCGGUGUUAACUCAAUCCUCCCCAAAGAGCACGGGAGCCCGUUCUUCUACCUGCCCAUCAUCAGACACAGCCAUGACGAGGUGUCGGCUGUGUGUUCCUGGGAUUCGUCCAUCCACGACUCCAUCCAUCUGAACCGGAUCACGGCACCCAGCGAGCGGAUCUACCUGAUCGUGAAAGCCACGGUUCAGCUCAGUCACCCGGCGUCUGUGGAGCUGGUGCUGCGCAAGAGGAUCGCCGUCAACAUCUACAACAAACAGAGUUUUACUCAGAGCCUGAAGAGACGGAUGUCUUUGAAGAACGUUCUGUACUCCUGUGGAGUGACGUAUGAGAUCGUGUCCAACAUACCAAAGGCAUCUGAGGAGCCGGAGGAACGCGAGACUCUGGCCUUGAUGGCGGCGCGAGGAGAGAGUGAGGAGACGCUCGAUGGAGAGACGUAUAUAGAGAAAUACACCAGAGGAGUGCUGGAGGUGGACAAUAUUCUGUGUCUGGAGAGACUCCGGCAGGCCGUGACGGUGAAGGAAGCUCUCUCCGCUAAAGGCAGACACAUACGGCGCAGUCUCAGCACGCCCAAUGUCCAGCACAGCUCUUGUUGUAAACCGGACGGGACCGGAUGUGAGGAUGAGGACGUAAAGACUCACUGUGACGGUCCAAUGGAUGUCAUAGAAUCCAACGUACAUGAAGCUUCACUCAACAGUCCUCUCGCAAAAGACACGCCUGUCAAAAACAAAGAGAAUCAGGGAUCGGUACCAGAGAGUCCAACGUUCUUCAACUCCAGUCCAUUUAAGGUUCUGUCUCCUCAACCGCCCAAGUUCCUCAAAUCUCUCUUGCCAGUGAAGGAGGAGAACAAAGUCAAGCGUUCUCUGGAGUCACGGCCUCUGCUGGGACAGGAGAGCAUGCGUUGGUUUGUGGACCCCGGCGGACCCUGGUCCAGACCCAGGGCUCAGAGCGAGGGCCGUGGCACCAGUGACAUCAUCAGCAGCUCAGCCAAUCACAAACAGCCCAGACUGAGCACUGAUCUCACUCACACGCGGCCGCACGCUGCUGAUUCAGAGGAGGAGGAUCCUGACAUGGAUUCAGCCUUCACCCGUUCCAACGAUCCAGGCCUCGGGUCUCUGGAGCUCCAAAACUUCAAGCCUUACAUCCCAGAGGAUUUUGCCAACUUUGAGGUGUACAAUGCCAGCCUUGAGACCCAAGAUGGGGCCAUAUGUGUGCAGGGAGAGAUGGUGCUGGGGAUCGGAGAGUUGACAGGGACACGGGCUGUGGAAAAAGAAGUGUCCCGUAGUCCCACGGCCAGCUCAUGCACGAGCGGCUACUUCUCCCAUAGUGCCUCGAACGCCACGCUGUCUGACGUGCUCCUCAGCGGUAGCGAUAGUUGUGACCAGCUCAACAGCAGAGAACCUGCAGACCAUCAGGAAGCACUGCACGGAAGAGGGUUGCAUCCUUCCAGAAGUGCCUUGGGAUCUUGUCCAGCCCAGACCAUUCCCACUCAGCUCUGUUCCCAUCACUGCACUGACCGGGACUGUUCCCCUCGGCUUCCCCGCAAAUGUAUCCUGAGCGUCAGUCAAGAAUUCACAGACUUUAAGGGUGCAGAUGAUGGUGUAGGGAAAGAAGACCUUGGUAACAUCGGAUGGAAGGCGGAAUCGAUUCCCCCAAACUUUAAGGGUGUAGAUGAUAGCAUAGGAGAAGACAACCUUGGUAACAUUGGAUGGAAGGCGGAAUCGAUUCCUCCAAAAUUUAAGGGUGUAGAUGAUAGCAUAGGAGAAGACAACCGUGGUAACAUUGGAUGGAAGGCGGAAUCGAUUCCCACAAAUUUUAAGGGUGUAGAUGAUAGCAUAGGAGAAGACAACCUUGGUAACAUUGGAUGGAAGGCAGAAUCGAUUCCCCCAAACUUUAAGGGUGCAGAUGAUAGCAUAGGAGAAGACCUUGGUAGCAUUGGAUGGAAGGCGGAAUCGAUUCCCCAAGGCAUGGAUCCCCUGCCCCAGUGCCAUCUCCACAAUGGGAAAGAGUCUCCCAGUGUCCCAGCACCUUACGCCAACCCACAGCUGGAAAAAAGUCAAGGACUCGAGUCCUUUGCGGAUGUAGAACCUUCGGUGGACUCUAGCGAGGACGAGAACGGGCCAGUUGCUCAGUUGCCGGACUGGAUGGCCCCCGGUGAGCAAGUUUGGGUGGGCAAAAGGAGUGGGACGGUGCAUUAUGUUGGAGGAGUAGAGUUUGCCAAAGGCAUCUGGGUUGGAGUAGAGCUGGACCUUGCUGUAGGCAAGCACAAUGGUACAGUCCAGGGAAGGGUGUACUUCCGGUGUGCCACAGGUCAUGGCGUCUUCGUGAAGCCAUCCUGUUUGACUCGAGGACCUCCGUCCAUAGACACUGAACCUCAACCUGUGCUUCAGUAGGAGCAGGACAUUUACCCAAUGGUUUGUAGACGAUCUCUUCGACACCAGCACCAGCAACCGCCUGGACAAACCAAGUGCUAACAGAAUCUAUCCUUCUGAUUUGUUCAUCACGUUAGAGAUUUGUUGGUUCCUCUGAUUCCAUGGCAAUAAACCUAACCUGUGUGUCUUGUGUUGAAGUUAUAGGCCUAUUUCAGUAUCGUCUUUGAAUGUCGAGAGUUGCACAGUUGCACAAACACGUUUUAUAUAUCAUGUAUAGCUGUAAUACUUACAUCCAUCUUGGUUAAUUGGUUACCACUUCUUAUAUGACUAAAUGUAUUAAUCGAAUGAUGCUUAACUCUACUAUACUUUAAGUGAGUUUGAGAUUUGGAUGUCUGUUCAAGGUAAGAAUGUACUACUGUUUAUGACCAUUUUGUUUGCGUGAUUAUAUCAGGUAUUACCAAAGACAUAGCCUUUCAAAUCUGCUGUUCAAACUUCUUAUGUAGAUUACUUUGGCGAUGUGUUUUAUGCUUGUGUACUUUAAUAUGUGUUCGACCGAUUUAUGCUAAUGUGCUAAGUGCCAUAUUUCUGGUUGAAAGGCCACAUGCCCAUCAGAACUUAAAAAUUGUGGUCAAUUUUGUUUUAGAUUUAAUAGUAUUUUGAUUGGACGGCAAGCCAGUUGCUCGUACUCUGUUGCGUUACUGGCUUGUUGAGUACUGUAACUGUUGAAGGACUGCCAAUAUUUCUGUUAACAGAGCUGUCUGAACGCUUGCACUGGAGUAACUUAUCCUGGAUGCACAUUAAGUUACGUAAUGCACAGACUUUUACGCAUUCUCAGAUACUGAUUUGAUGCUUCUCAGGAGGUUGACGGAAGUGAGGUCACCCCUGAUGUGGAGAGCACCUUGUUUUCUUUAUCAGACCCUUGCCGGUAGGGAGCAUUUUUGCUAAACGCAGAUAUCCUGGUCUACUUCGUAUCGGCUAUAGACCAGAAAUGCCCUAAAGUACUGACACAAGCCCUGUUCAUGAAUGGGGUCUUUUUAGAUAGUCGACUUCUAGGUUCACCCGCCUAAUAAAGAAGCUUUCGAGCAUUUAAAUCCAUGUGUGUUUGACUGUUGAGUAGUAUUUUGAUUAGUUUGUGAUACUAAAGCCAAUAUUAAUGUUUUUAUAGGUAUAAAUGGGGGAUGGGCAAUAUCGGGGAAUGGGACAUAGCCUGAAUAAUGCUAGUAUGUUUAGUGCCAUGACCGGUGCUGUUAUUAUUGCUCUGUUUUACCUGAAGAACUGUGGAUCUCAUAAGAAGUGAAUACUAUUGCUGUCAAUGGAGAUGGUAAAAUGAAAACCCAAGACCUUACUUAAAAGAAAACAAAGCUGCUCUCCUUGACAAGGAGCUGUACAUAAAAUGUAUGAACAUAGUAUUUACAAUAUUAUAAAAUGUACAGAAUUGUAUUUAUAUUGUAUCUCUG